GAGCAGGGGGAGGAUACCGAGGCGGACUGGGACGACAACUUCAACUCGACUAUCAAGCGGGCCAAGAGCAUGUUCGGAAGCUUUCAGCCCUCCAGUUCGGAGGCCUUGGACAGCGAGGAGAGCGGGAGUUCUUCGGAAAGCGAGAAGUCGGAGCCGCAAGCGCGGGGCAACCGCUUUCUGCAGCGGGCAGCCACCAGGGCUUGGCUGUCGAACGAGGAGCCGACCAAGACGCGCCAGAACAUCCUCGGCGAGCGACACGAGGCCGCGUGGCCCAGGAACGACCGCCUGCCGAUCCUGCCGCUCACGACGGGCUGGGGCGUGAUGCUGAACGACGGCCCUGGCGGCGGCCUCACCAACUCGAAGCGCCAGCCCGACUUCGCAGUGCAGGUGCUGAGGCCUGAGCCUGGGCGCUGCCUCCUCCUGGUGGCUCCGCCGCUGCGGAUCUUCAACUACACCGACCGGUGCCUGCACCUGUCCUUCAUGACGGGAAACGACGGCAAGCCGCUGCUCUUCUCCCCGGGCCAGUGCAAUUCCGCAACGGCGCCGGCGCACCUGCUGGGCGCGGAGCAGCCCGUUGACGUCCGCCGGCUCGCGCUGCCGCCGUCGCCCAUCGGCCGCGACAUCGAGUCGGGGGAGACGGGGGUGACGAGGGACCAGGAGUCCGACUGCGGGAGCAUUGUGGAGUCCAACCCAGAGGCGCAGGAGGAGUGGCCGCUGCCGCACAACAGCUUCUGCUGUGUGCCGAUCUGCGUGGACCAUCCGUCUGACGACCGCGUGGCGACCUUCCACUCUGCAGUUUCGCUGGAGCACAAGCAGGCCAUGAAGGACCUGAGCUUCCGCUUCUGGAGCGCGCACGCGAGCAGCAGCGACGCCGAGCCGGGCUGGAGCGACUGGAUCAAGAUGGGCCAGCUGCCCGACCAGGAGUAUUACCUGGGGACCUGUCGAGACGCGACCAGAGAGACGCUCCACUUCCGGAUCCUCGCUUUGCGGGAGGAGCGCAACAAGCCCUAUCCGGUGGAGAUCCUCAACAUCAUCGUGCUCCCCGCACUCACCGUAGUCAACGCCUCUCCCGCGGUGUUGGGGGUGGACUCGUGGAACCUCGACCAGAAGGACAUGCGGAAGGCGGCCAAGACGCCCAUGUUUGGCACGAUGCGCUGGCUGAAGAGGUCCGGGUCCUUCGGCAUUUCUCGCGCGGUGCCGUGCGACGUGUCACAAGGCAGCGCCCUGCACCUCUACCACGUCAACAGCUCCGCCCCCGUGGGCGUGCGCCUGCGCUUUUCGGACCCCGACAUGCCUGUGGACUGCAGGUGGAGCGAUCCGAUCUACAACAUCUGCGCCUCGUGCGCAGGGCGCGCUCAGCAGGUGGACAUGCAGGUCGUGGGCAUGAGCACGCCUACCAUGCAGGUGACUUGCGUGGACUACGUCGUUGGCGUCACCUGCCCGUUCUGGCUGAUCAAUCCGUCGCUGCAGAACGUGAUGGUCGGGCGGCGGAACGAGGAGCCGUUCCCCUCAGUGCGUGGCAUCUACAUGCUGGACGGGGCCCUCUCGGGGAUCCACCUCUACCUCCACGACAAGAGCAAAGAUAUGAUGGGCAUCGGGGCCAACCGCUCUCGUGGCAUGCAAAGCCCGGACAGCUGCGGCGGCUACUCGCUGUAUUCGGCGCACGACUACGAUUCGGAUCUCGAGGUCGGGACGUCGAUCAGGGAGGAAGGCCACCUGGAGGUGGUGACUCAGGACUCCAUCGCGGAGGAGUGCGAUGACGACAACAACAGCCAAGGCUCCGCUGGGUCCUCGAGGGUACAUACGCUAGAUACGACAAGGAGCUGGACAGGGAGGGGCAGCAUGGGCAUGAACAUGAUGAACUCCGCGUCGAGCAUGGUGCAGGCGUCGUUGAACGACAAGGCGCGGCUGCCAAUCCCGGUGACGUCCACCGCCAUGUCUGGACGCCUGGGCAAGCACGAGUUUACGGUCCUGCGGGAGCCACUUCCGUCGCCCUUCGACGGCCUCUGCGCGCCCACGACCUGCUUCCGGCUGAUCCCUCAGCUGAUGGUGACGAACGACACGAGGUACCGCCUGCAUGUGCGCCGGUCAGGCACCCAGGAGGUGGUGGUGGUGGAGCCAGACAAGUCGCUCCCCUACUGGGCCGCGGCAAGGGGGCGCCGGCGGUGCAUUCAGCUGCAGCCCGUGGACGGCAUGGAAGCGCCUACCCUGGAUGCGUGGUCCGGCGAAAUCCACUGCGAGCCGCUGGCCGGCGGCCGGACGGCACUGGCGAUGCGGAUGCCCCGCCCUGGCCGGUCCACCGUGCCGAAGGGGCCCUCGACUCGGACGCAGAGGUCCACCACGGAGGCGGACCGCGCAACGAUGCACCCGUACGCCCACUCGGCGGACGAUACGGAGACCACGCCCCGCUGGUCCUGUCAGUGCAGAUAUCCGACGCGAUGGAGGGCAUCAUUUCGGUCACGGUCUCCGAGAAGCCCUGCUGGGUGGUCGCGUGCAUGGCGAAGGCCAUCCGAUUCAUCGCCGUGUCGACCGACGCCCCUCCCGACACGCUCCAGGCGUCGCCGCUCUCUUGGUCGCACAUGCUGUCCUCGAACCUGUCUGUGCGGAAGGUGGGCCAGCACCGCAACGCGGGGCAGCUGGUGUCGGGCGCGGGCGACCUGGUGA